UUAGUGAACUGUAUUAGUGAGUAAAUCUGUGCCGCUAGAGCGCAAGUGUAUACAUUUCUGUCGUCGACUGGUGUGUUUGUUGUGAUUUAGUGUUGACUUCUUUGUGUCCUGUAUCAAUCCGCUUUAGCUAAGGAAAACUUGGUCGUGAUACAUAGCCUCACAUUGAAAUUAUGAAUUGUUAUUUUGGAAACGUAAGAUAACAUUCAGUAUAGGGCACCCAUUCAUAUCGGCAAAAUUAGGUGAAAUGAUUCUGGUGUCGUUCUAAUUUUAUAGCUUUCAAGAUGAAACAGCAAUAGUACAGCACGGUCACAUUUGCAUCUUGUCAGCUUGUUACAUUGGUUAGUAAAUGUGUCCUGUUGGUGGGAGGUGUUUCGCCAUUCCUUUGUCAGUUUCAGCGUAAGAAAGGAAAUGGGGAACUGCCUGAAAGGUUCUACAGCUGAUGACAUAUCUCUAUUGAGAGGUAGUGAUGGUACAAGGGAUUCGUCUUCCUCUGAUCAGCUGGGUCCACCGCCUCCUUACCAGGAGGCUAUGCCAGUCUACUAUCCGUCCCCCAACGUGUGCCGACCUGCUGCACAGCUGACUGAAGAGGAACAAGUCAAAAUUGCAAAACGGAUUGGAUUGAUUCAGCAUCUUCCUGCAGGAACAUAUGAAGGAUGUAAAAAGAACAGGGAGUGUGUUAUCUGCAUGAUCGAAUUCAUGGUAGGCGAUGCAAUACGCUACUUGCCUUGCAUGCACACCUAUCAUGUGGAAUGUAUUGAUGACUGGCUUAUGAGAAGCUUCACAUGUCCAUCAUGCAUGGAGCCAGUGGAUGCAGCCUUGCUUACAAGUUACGAGACCAACUAGCCUGUCUGAGCCAGCAUAAGGUGCUCGACUGUGAGCGCAGAAGUAUGGCAGCAGUGAUGUUGGUGGUGGCAGCGGUGGUGAUGGUGGCAGCACCACCGUUAUCAUCCAACAUUACCAGGACUGACCACAGUGGAGAUGAAUCUGGAACCAUAGCUGCAGUCUCCGAAAUAAUGCAACUGUGAUCGUAACAAAUAAAUCUGUGUGAUAAGGGAAGAAAGGAAUUAUAUUGCAGGGUACACAAGAUGUGACAUUAGACUUGCUGGAGGAGGUGCUGUCUGCUUCAUGUGACAUGAUAAAAGCAUAUGCCAAUGUAGAAAAUAGGCAUUUUAUUUUCAUAUCAUCUGCAGAAGUGCUUAGACUUAAAAGAAUGUUGUGAUAAUUUAUGCUAGUUAUACUUAAUAUAAUAUAUAAAAAUAUGAACCAGCAUCAAUGAGAAAACUGCAGUAGCAUACCAGGGAUAUUGUAUCCUCUUGAUGCCAAUAUCAUGCAAUGUUUAUAGACCCUUUAUUAUGUAGAUAACAGAGUUGGAAGUAUUAAUGUCCACAGAAGUCACCAACUAAUUGAAAGACUCUUGUCCUUGUGUUGUGAGUUACUUAAUUUCACACAUUUAAGAAAUUUUAUUCUCAAACAUUGCACUUGUUGAUAGGCAAGUUGAGUUGUUAUAGAUUAACCUGCCUCAUGAGUAUGGACAUGUGUUGUUUUUUUGGUAACUUAUACAUAUUUUAAUAUAACAUUAACAGAACAUGUCAUGAUGUGAUGCAAUAUUUGUAUGCAACUUUUUGGCUUUUGACACUAUUUUAAUUUAAUGCGAAACUGUUAUCUGUGAGAUUAUUGUCUUUGUGUGCAAUCCUUACCCUGUGUGUCAAGUUAAUGUAUUUCUUAUUAGAUUGCUGAUACUUGAGAAAAUGGUAUUUGAAUGCACUGCUCAGUGUAAAGGCUUUUGGUCUGAAAGAGAAAUUAAUUUCUGUAGCAGUUUAUCUAGUCCUUUAUAUACACUGUAUCUGUGACUUCGGUGUUAUGGGUGUUGAGGUGGCAUUUAGAGAAUUUGCACUUGCUGUAAUUGUUAGUUGCAAUUCUACAGAUCAAGUGGCAUGAAAUUUUAUCAAACUCUGUUUCUUUUCUGUGGAUGUCACACUUUCAUUUCCUGAAGUAAUGCGUGUCAUGAAUUGCAAAUUAUUUUGAAAAAUGCUCAGUCAUAUGAAAAGGAUUGCCCUAAAGGUGUGUGUUUGAAAACUUUAAGACUUGUGCAACAUUAAUUUUAAUGAUGUAGCAUGAAAGUGAUUAUAUGUCAUCUCAUUUUUUAAGUUUUUUUUUUUUUUUUUUUGUCUUCCUGUCUUCAUUCCAGCAGUUGUUAUCCCCAUCAUUGAAGAGCACAGUAUCUGAAAUGUAGUUUACUGUGACUGUAUUUGUAAAAUGAUGUUACUUAAUAUAAGGUAUUAAUGAACAGAGUAGUGCAUUUUCAGUUUCUGUUCCUGCUUAUCACACUUUGCAGGUAGAUUAUAUUUUAGAACUCUAAAUGCUACCUCAGGGCUGACCAUGAGCUCAUCUGAACUGUUUUGUUUUGAUUCUUUAUCUGUAUGAUGGAAUGUGGAUAGCUGCAGGUUAGUAAUGCACACAGUCAACUGAAUAUUCCAUGUUGUUACAUGAUAAUUUUGUCAGUUCAUUUACAUUGUAUAAUUUAAUAUUUGUUUUCUUAUUUCAGCUUCAAAGAUACAAGUCUGGUAUAUUUUUUGUUAUAAUAAGUACAGUAAACCCCCUUGUUCAGCAUGUAUGGGGAAAGGGAUUCUGCUGGAUACAUGAAUUGGCUGAUUCCAUGAGAGAAACCUGCAGAAUUCUUAUGCAGGGUCAGAAUGAAUCUAGUAGUUACUGUAGGAUUCUGACGAUGGUGUAUAACACACUGAUAUAUUGGGUUUUCGGACUUUAUCCAUCGUCCUGGUUUUUAA